UGCCCUCCUCAUUUCUCUUGAGUUUCUUUUCCUUGUAUCAUAUGAUUCAAGUUUGAGGCUUAGCUUCAAGUUCGAACGACUUUCACUUCACAGUCCAUCUCAUCCAAAAAAAGGAAAGAAGCCGUUGACAGUUCCUGUUGUGUCCUCAUGGUGGUGGGGUUGUCCCCAUCUUAUCUGAGUUUACAUCAACAAUCCAGAUUACCCAAAUGCAUUUCUGAUCAUUUCAUCCACAAAAGAAACAGAAGAGACAUAAAGAGGUUGUGCGUUCAGAGGACUCAGAUAUUGCCUCCUGAUCACAGAGAUGCAGCCAGUUUGCGAGUUUUUGUACUCUCUGACUUGCACACAGAUUACUCAGAAAACAUGGCUUGGGUGAAAUGCUUAUCGACCGUAAGAUAUAAGAAAGAUGUUCUCAUUGUUGCGGGUGAUGUAGCAGAGACAUACAAGAAUUUUGUUUUGACAAUGUCUCUAUUAAAGGAUCGAUUCCACCAUGUGUUCUUUGUACCUGGAAACCAUGAUCUUUGGUGCCGAAGGGAGGGAAACAAGUUUCUUGGUUCACUUGAAAAGUUGAAUGCAUUGCUUGAUGCGUGUAGAGGCCUUGGAGUAGAAACCAGUCCGAGGAUUGUGGAUGACAUUGGGAUCAUUCCUUUGUUCUCUUGGUAUCAUGAGAGUUUUGAUAGAGAGAAGGACAUUGAAGGCAUCCGUGUUCCUCUUCUGGAGAUGGCAUGUAAAGACUUUCGUGCAUGCAAAUGGCCUGGGAGACUUUCGAGCAAAGAUCUUUCCCUUGCAUUAUACUUUGAUGCUAUGAAUGAUAAGAAUAGUGAACCAAUCAAAGAAAUACAGAGGACUUGUAGUCAAACAAUUACAUUUUCUCACUUUCUUCCAAGGCAAGAGCUAUGUCCAGAGAAGAGAAUGCUAUUCUACCCCAACCUUCCCAAGAUCAUAGGAUCUGAUUGUUUGGAAGCUCGCUUAAGGUCUAUACAUGGGAGAAACGGGAACCCUUCUGCUUGCCAUGUGUUCGGUCAUACCCAUUUCUGCUGGGAUGCUGUGGUUGAUGGCAUCAGAUACAUACAAGCACCCUUAGCUUAUCCAAGGGAAAGGAAGAGGAGAAUGAAUGGCGGUGAAGGUUGGCUGCCAUUUUGCAUCUAUAGUGACAGAAGCCUGGUUGAUAGACUCUCACCUUGUUUUUGGUCUGAUUACUAUUCCACCAACAGAAGAGAUCCCGAAAAUACAGAGCUUGCGCCUUGGGUUGCCAGGUUUUAUACGCGAUAGGGGGAACCCGUGUCCUUUGUUUUGUUCUUUUUGUUAUUAUCUUUUAUUUUCAUUAAUUAAUUCAUACUUAUAAUUCUCUUUAGCAAAUUGGAAUAAGUCCGAAACUGGUUUAUUUGAUUCAUA